GCAAAAAAGCGAAACCCUAGUUUGAGACCAUGUCGCCGACUUUGAGAUCUGUCGUUUCACAGGCCUGGAGAUCGAUCGGGUCUAGUCGCCGCAACUUCUCUUCAUCUCGUGGUAGUAGCGACGGAGAGCAUGGUUUUAUCGCGUUCGCUGAGAGGAAUAUAACUCCAGAGAAAAUUUCUUUUCGAGCACACGUGUUUGGAUAUGUGUUAUACUGCGCGAUCGAACGUUGGCUGAUAUACAAAAUCGACACGGAAAAGGCUGAUCAUGCACGGCGUGAAAUUGAUGUUGAAGCGACUGCAAACGAGAAGAAAAAGCGUAGGGCUGCUGCACUGCUUGAAAUUGAUGUUGAUGCGAUUGUAAACGACAAGAAAAAGUGUUGCAGUUGCUGUUGCAGUUGUGUAAAAUAGAUUUAUG